UUGUGUUAUUCCGAUCAUUGUUACUUUUUUGUUGUUGAAGUUUCUAUUUUUAGUUUUGGGUGUGUAAAAUUGUGUUUGUCCUAGUAUUUAUCAACAUACACCGUACACGUCUCAAUUCAUACCUUGUUUCUUCAUAAAGCCAGCCCAUCAUAAAGAAGAGCCACAGAGUCAUAUCAACCACUUUGACAUUGGCAUUUGGCAAUUUUGGCGGAAUAUUUCCAGAGAACUGAAAAAAACGAUGGAAACUGUAACAAUCACAACGUUGGAGAGUCUGGAGCUGGUGGAGCCGAUUGAGAAGCCACUCCACAAAAAAACAAGGAGAGACUUCAAGACCUCAACUCCAACACCUGAUGGAUACCAAUCUUUGUGGUCCUCUUUGGAUGAAAUUAUUAUAGAGGAGGAGAAGGCACCGGCUGAGGAGGCACCACCUUCUCCAAGUGUAUAUGUUGAAUGUUCGACGAUGGUAGCGGCGGCGAAUAAAAGUGGCCAUUCUACUACACCCCACAGUAAAGCAGCUAAAAAGCGACCUGCGAAUACCGUCUCGGCUAAGACAACUAAGCGGCGCUUGAUUUUAUCUGUCGCCGGGCCUUCGUCGUCACAUGCCCCUUCAGAAGAAGAAAUAUCUGUUUUAGUUAAUUUUGGCAGUGACGAUGAAAUGUCCGACGAUGACGGCGGGGAAGACAUGGCUCAGCAGACAGUGUUCGUGCCCCGGGCUACGAGAAUUUUUAUGCCGGAUGAAAAUGAGACCCCGGAGGUGUUGCCGUUAGCUGAUGUUAACGACAGUGUUGAUAGGCCACCCAGCGCCGAAAUAGGACCGAUUAAUAAAUUUGAUUUUAGGUGGACAGGGUUUUCAUCUAGUAACGUUCCUGAAGUAAGGCGAGAACCUUUCUCUGACAUUAAUUGCGGUCCCACGCUAAAAUUAGCAAGCCCAUAUAAGGCGUUCACUGCCAUAUGGGAUCGCAAAAUCAUGGAGCACAUAGUCGUCGAAACUAACCGGUACGCACAACAGGUAGUGGCGGAUAUGUUGUACGACGGCUCCCUUGCCCCGAGAAGCCGCAUCACUUCUUGGCGAGACACGGACGCUGACGAACUAUACGUGUUUUUCGCUAUAAUCCUGGCGAGCGGGAUUAUGGUGAAAUCACGUAUAGAAACCUAUUGGAGUGUUGACCAGGGCAUCCUUUCCUCGCCAGGUUUUGCUGCAGCGAUGAGCUAUUCUAGGUUCCAACUUCUCUCGAAAUGCCUACAUUUCAGCGACAAUAAUAACUGUAACCCCGACGAAAUGACGCGAAACGAAGCAAGACUUUUCAAAAUUCAACCUAUCAUUGCUCAUUUAAAUAACAAAUUUUCCGGGCUAUAUAAAUUAUCACAAAAUAUAGCCCUUGACGAAAGUCUAACUCAAUGGAAGGGUUGGUUAGACAUAAAACAAUACAUCCCGAACAAAGCAGCCACAGUGGGUAUCAAAACCUACGAAAUAUGCGAGUCCAAGACUGGCUACUUAUGGAGGUUCGAGGUCCACGCGGAGCACGAACUGCCUCCUCAUGACUCUCCAUUGUCUGGGACAGUGCCGGCCCUGGUCCUCAAACUUCUUAAAGGUCUCGAGCACAAGGGCCACACUGUCUGGAUGGACAAUUUCUAUAACAGCCCUGCGCUUGCGCGGGAACUAAAAGUACGGGGCUUCGACUGCGUCGGAACCCUUCGUUUGAACCGCCAGUUUGUACCAAACGAACUGGCAAAUUUAACUAAAAGAGAUUUGACAGUCGGUGAGCUGCGAGGCUGCACUUCCGGCGAUGUUGAUCUCGUGGUAUGGCGAGAUAAGAACCUAGUCGCCCUUAUCUCGACGUACCAUGGGAUGGCAGCGGUGAAGUGCGGCACGGUAGUAAAGCCGAGUGUUGUUGCCGAUUACAAUGUGUGCAUGGGGGGCGUUGAUCGAAAAGAUCAAAUGCUCGCGAUGUACCCUAUUGAACGGCAGCGAUCUCGCAUAUGGUACAAAAAGUUUUUCAAACGUCUUCUAAAUGCAAGUGUUCUGAACGCGUUCAUUCUUCUACGCUCACAGCAGACAGUUACACAUCGAAAAUUUCGUGACUCUUUAGUUAAAGAUUUGAUUGCUGCACACAAACCACCUUCACCCUCAGCAGCACCCACGACCGCGUUACAUAUUCCAGCUCAGUACGGCUUUCUGCCCGGAAGCCAGCACGACCGCACUAGGCGAUUGUGUGUUGUUUGCAAAAAGCGUACAAAUGCCUAUUGCAAAGCGUGUAAUGUAGCACUGUGCGUGUUCACCUGCUUUGAGCCACAUCACACUCGAAAGUGACACUUGACAAUAUUACACAUUUUACUAAACAUACAGUAUUGGUAUCGAGUUAUGAAUGCAAUCUUGUUCUUUAGAUCUUAAGCACAAGACUGCAUU